AUGUCAAGAACACGUGGAAUGCACAGGUGCGGCACGUGUCGGCGAUGGUUACGGCCAGGAGGGACCUACACCGUCGCUGAAAACGAGAGUCGCGAGCUGUUGGGCAUCUGCCUUAAGAGCAUCAAGGGAAUUGGCAAAGAUGUGCAACUGGCCAAUGCCAGCUUCAUCUGGACGGAGCCCCACUCUAAAGAGCUCAAGGUGAAGUUGGAACUGCAGCAGGAGGCACUUGUCGGAGUGGUUGUGAGACAGACGGUGAUUGUCGAGCUGCGAGUGAAUAACCUUCAGUGCGAUGAGUGCAAGAAGAGCUACACGAAACACACCUGGGACAGCUCCGUUCAGGUUCGGCAGCGCUCAGAGCACAGACGGACAUUGAUGAUGCUGGAGCAGCUGAUUCUAAAGCACAAGGCUCACACGAAGUUGAUCCAGUUGACGCCAACGAAGGAGGGUUUGGAUUUCUUCUUCAGCAAAGAGCGGGAUGCACAGGACUUCGUAUCGUUUCUCAAGAACUGGGCUGUGGUCAAGCACCAUGAGUCCAAGCAUUUGGUAAGCCACAACGCGCAGAACACCACGUACAGGUUCAAGCGAACUACAUGUGUAGAAGUUUGCCCGAUUUGCCGGGACGAUUUGGUGUUUCUGCCGAAGAAGACGGCACAGGCCCUGGGAGGCUUGCCGCCACUGAUGCUUUGUCUCAAGGCUUCCUCACAGCUCUGUCUCGUCGACCCUGCGUCCUCUCGAUGUGUGGAGGUUGCCAGCGCAGAAUACUGGCGGAAGCCCUUCCAGUCCGUAAGCAUCCCUUCCAAGUUGACAGAGUUCAUCGUUUUGGACAUUGAGGAGUCUGACCUUGCGCGAGGGCGCGGAGGCAGUGCUGCGUCUGUGCAGCCAUGCGAAGUUGAGAUCGCACGCAUUGCUGACUUCGGGCACAAUGACGAGCGUUUGACGGUGCGCUGCCACCUAGGUGCAAUCCUUCAUGUCGGGGACUCUGUUUUGGGCUACGACCUUCGAUCCUUACAUCUUGGUAUGGACGAAGACGAGCUGGGAGGAGUCCCACCCUUGGAGGUGUACCUGGUCAAGAAGAAGCGACCAGAACGCACGAAGAAAAAGAAGCCACAUCCAAAGCGUGGUAAAGGUGUGCUCAGCACAGCAGCUUCUGUGCAGAGCAGCUUCCUGGAACCAGACAGAGAGGACAAGCAGCCCACAAUGCCUGCAGAGGACGAGCACCCAGAGGACAUGGAAGACGAGGCUGCCGAAAUGAAGGCAGCCGCCGAAGCGCUUCUGACACAGCUGGGUGCUUCCGGGACAUUCAGGCUGGCAUCACUGUGUCACGCCUGGCUGGACCUUGGUGCAUCCUUCCAGAUCCGCAGAUGA